AUGCCAUUGAAUACGGUCGCGUUGAGCGCUGCCCUCACUCCGACUGUUAUCUCGACCUGCUUUUCUCACUAUCUACAUCGAAAAUCACUUCAUCGAAAACCCUCCGUCCAUAUCUCCUACGAUGAAGCAAUUCAUAUCAUGCGAGAGUUCCUCGCCUACGUUUCCAAAUACCCCGUCGAGGACCUCCAGGCGUUUUCCAAACAAUGGGUUCCCAGUCCGCACUGGGUGAAAACGGAGACGGUCACUGUCCCUGAUAAAUAUCUAUCGUCUGCGGCCGCAACUAUCAACGAUCAACUUGGGCCGAAAGGAGUUGCCCGCGUCGGUGGGAAGGAAUGGUGGCAGUGGCGCGGCCCCGCGGAAGAUCUCAAGGGAGAAUGGAUCGAGAUGCGGUAUCAUUAUAAUGAGAGGAAGAAGGCGCCAGAUAGUGAUAAGACUAAUCAGAACCGCAUCAUGUUGUAUAUUCAUGGGGGUGCGUACUUCUUUGGGAGUGUCGAUACGCAUCGGUAUCAGAUGCAGCGUCAUGCGAGAAAGCUCAAAGCACGAGUAUUUGCACGGUAUUUCCCGUUCCCUUGCAGCCUGCAAGACUGUCUCGCUGCCUAUCUCUUCCUCUUGAGCGCACACAACUCCAAAGAAAUCAUCUUGGCAGGAGAUUCUGCGGGUGCUGGCUUGGUACUCUCUAUACUCGUCACCAUUCGAGACCAAGGACUUCCUGUGCCCGCUGGAGGGAUACUAAUCUCUCCCUGGGUUGAUUUGACGCAUUCCUUCCCCAGUAUCAUGGGGGAAAAUUCCGGAGACUAUAUUCCCCAGCAUGGAUUCAGACAUAAGCCGUCCCAAGCAUGGCCACCUCCAAACUCAGAAGAAAUCCUAGCCAUCAAAAAGGAAACUCUCGGGAAGAAGGCUACACAAACCGAUCUAGGGAAAGCAACACCACAUGGUACUCAGGCUCAAGAUACUGCAGUUAAAGGAUAUAAUACCCAGCAGGAUGUACCCUCGACAGGGCCUGUUUACCCGGGUCAGCAAAAUGGCUCGGAUUUCACAGAUGAGGCCUUGCUUCAAAAUAUCUCGGUUCCGAUUGAUGGCAAGGAUUUUGAGAUUAAAGAUCAAAUCAACAUGUACACAACCAACCAGCUUCUAUCCCACCCGCUCGUUUCGCCUGUCCUGCAGCCCUCUCUUGGUGGCUUGCCUCCUCUUCUGGUCCAAUCUGGUGGCGGCGAAAUUCUUCGAGACGAACAGUUUUACCUCGCUCAUAAAGCCGCAAACCCGAAGGCUUAUCAACCCAGUGCUGUCUAUCUCGAUGAGUACGACCCCAAUCGGGAAGCACUAAACAAAUAUCCGCCCACUUACGUCCAGCUUCAAGUUUGGGAUGACCUUUGCCAUGUCGCACCAUCACUGAGCUUUUCUCGACCAGCCAAGUAUAUGUACCGCGCCAUUGCACAAUUUGGGGCAUGGGCGCUCGCUCAUGCGCAAGACUCCGAGAUUGAUAUUCCAGACACCGAUAUGUCGCCUAUCUCGUCAAGCGAAUCGGAUAGCUCCGAUACGCCUCCUGGUAAAACGCAGCCAAAGAGGACAGACACCGCGAUUACAAUUGUUGGGAAGGCCGGUGACCCUCUACCCCCGUUCGAAGACCACAUGAUGCGUCAGAGAGUCGACAAACGCGGUAAUAUCUAUCCGCUCAAGUCACCCUCUUCUUAUCCUGUGUUGCAGCUUCCAAAAGAACGUGUCGGUGCUAUAAACCCCGAACUUGUGAAAAAGUGGCUGGCGGCGAAGACCGAGUGGGAUGUGAAAUUCAGCAAAGAGAAACUCCGCACGCAACAGCAACGGAUCAAGGAAUUAGCCCACGGGUUCCAGGAGUUCAACGGGGGAUCACCUCCGCCUAGUUCGUUGGCAGCAAGGCGAUCCGCUCCUGGGGUCCUUCCAGCCCGCCAUGCCAGGAAGAGUUACCCCAUGAUGAUUUGGAGUGGAUGGGGUAGCAAGCACGACAGGAGGGCGCUUGAAAGAGAGCGUCUUGCUGAGAAGGAGGGUCGCUCAAGGAGAACAAGUGUCGAUGCUGGGCGAGCUGGAGCCUCUAUUGACGAGCAGGAAGGCAAUAAGCGUGCCCACUCCCUCCCAGAGAAGACGUCUGGAGAUGCAGUUCCAGAUGAUGACCAAUCCAGGUCGGGCAGCCGAAGGAAAGUGCUCAUUGAUGUAGCCAAGGCUAAUCAAGGCAUCGAUGGAAACCAGAGUUCAACUGGUGGCCUUACCAAUGGCGAGGCGUCUAAGCAGCCUAUUUCUAAAUUGUCGACUGAUCAACCUUUGAGCCCAAUGCUCGUCUUACCUGACUACGAUAACAAGCAAUCUUUUGAAGAGAAUGCCAGUACAAGGGCUCUUUUCCACGCCUCGGGAACAAUCCCUAUGACCUCCUCGACUUCCCUUCCACGAAGCAGAUACCAUGCCCCAUCCCGUACGGGAUCAUGGACUGGCAUAACGACGGAUGCUGGAGAAGAUGCCGCCAGUACCGUUGGUGGAGAUGAAAAGUCUCUUGCUGUUACUAACACCGGUAUUGAUGCUGCCAGCACCCGGGCAGUACUUGGUGCAUCUGGUGUUGUUGGUUUGAUGGGAGACGGGGAAAAUUCUCGUGUAUCUCAUGAUACUUCCUCUGUUAACCGUCUGAAUGAUACCGACGCCCAGUCUUCUGUUGGAGACGGAAUAACCAAUGGAGUGGAUCACGGCAAGGAAUCUCCACGUCCAACCAUGCCGGAUCGUGACUUUUUCAAGACCGCCGAGGAGUACCAUUGA